UUUAUCAUUUUGCUACACACACUAUUCCUCCUUCACUUUACCAAUAAAAGUAUAUUUCAAUCGUCAAAAAAUAAUAAUUCAAAACCCUAUCCAAAUUCAGCCGCUAUGUACAGGCCUAAUUCUUCUAAUCAGAGUUUCUUCAACAAUCAACUCAUUCCAGUAGGGUAUUCAGUUCCACCAGUGAGUCAUACAGAUGAGGAAUUGGGUAUUCCACAGCAAAGACUUCUGAAUUCCAGGGAAAUGCAAGAAGCUCUUAAGAUAGAGAUUGAGAAGGAGAUGAGGAGAUGUCGAGAAAUCGAAUCGCAAAUUAAUAAGCAGGUCGGAGCCACGGUUUCAUCACCGGUGCCGCUGUUUUUUGCGCCGCCGCGAGACGACGGAAUGUCUGUGGAGGAGAUACUAAUAAGGGAUUGUAAGGAGAAGAGACUGGUGGAGAAGGCUGUUGCUGCUCGCCGCCGUCGGUACGGUGGCUAAGUGCUGCGUUAACAAUGUUUGCCUUAAUAACAACAACAUACGUAGUUAGAGUCUAUGCAGGGUAGCGUUUGCCCUAAUGGUAAAAUAGAAUAAAACAUCCUCUGUUUUAUUCUGUGUGUGUCUUGUAUUUGUUUUAAUGUUGUAAAAUACAACUAGUAAUACUAGCUAUCUUAAGCUAUGCAAUUUGGUUUUACCCUAUCAAAUCUCUAAAAGAAAAACUAUGAUCUUUGUGUGCGAAACUUCAAACAUUUAAACUUUGGUCUUUA